AUGCCCGGCGGGCGCUGCGUCGUGUCGUGGACGACGAUCCUCUCGUCGUGCUCGCAGAGCCGGCACCUGGACGACGCGAGGGCGAUCUUUGCCAGGAUGCCGCAGCACGACCCAAUCUCCUGGAACGCGAUGAUCUCUGCGCUGGGACACAACGGCCGGAUCCGCGAGGCCGAGGAGCUCUUCGCGGCGCUGGGCGUGAAGAGCGUCUCGUCGUGCAACGCGAUGAUCGUCGCGUACGCAGAGAGCGGGAAUCUUGAAGAUGCGAGGCGGAUUUUUAACGGGAUGAUGGAUAGGAGCCCGGCGACGUGGGGCAGCAUGGUUCUAGCAUAUGCCCAGAGCGGGCAUGUCCGCGAGGCACAGCGGCUCUUCCACAGUAUGCCCGUCAAGGACAUGGUGGCAUGGAACUCCCUCAUGACGGCCUUCUCCCGGAGCGAGGACGAGGACGAGCGCCGCGAGGCUCUGCGUGUCUUCGGUGCGAUGGAGUCACCGAGCUCCGGGCUGGUCCCUAACGAGCACAGCUACAUGGCGGUGCUGGAGUCCUGCGGGAAGCUUGGAGCUCUCGCGGAGGGGCGCGAGAUCCACGCCAGGAUUGCCAAGCGCGGCUUUGAUGCCUGCGAUCUCGUGGCGGCGAGUUUGAUUGAGAUGUAUGGGCGGUGCGGCAGCGUGGACGAGGCGGUCGCGGUGCUGGAUCAGACGCGAUCGCUGGGGCGCUCGGUGUGGAGCGCGGCGAUCUGCGCGCUGGGACAGAACGGGAUUGGGGGUGCGGCGCUGUGGCUGCUCCAGAGGAUGCAGCUCCAGGGGAUCGAGGUGGACGCCAGUAGCACUUUCGUGAGCUUGCUGGCAGCGUGCAGCCAUGGAGGGAUGCUGCGCGAGGGAGUGGAGCUGUUUCGAUCUAUGGUGGGCGAUUUUGGAGUGGAGCCCGUGUUGGAGCAUUUCUUGUGCCUGGUGGAUUUGCUGGGGCGGGCGGGGCAAUUGGAUCGAGCGCUGGAGCUGGUGACAAGCAUGCCAUACCAGGCGGAUGCCGUGGCUUGGGUCAGCUUGCUCAGUGCUUGCAGUGUCCAUGCUGAUAAGGCGAGAGGGGCGCUUGCUACUUCGAGCUUGCUGGAGAUCGAUAGAAGCGAUGCCGCUAGUUACUUUGUUGAUGAAAAAAGUGCUGGUAAAGUGGAGGCCAUGGGGAAGGGUGGUGUAUUUGAGAAGGUUAAUGAAACAGGAGCCAACAUGGAUAAAUGUGAGAGACAUGGUAAGAGUGAGUUUGUUGUAGCCACAGCCAUAGGGGAUGUAGAGGCCAUCAACAACGGAUCACGUAGGCUGCGUAGUUUCUAUUGGGGCAGUUGCCAGAGGCACAUAUCUGUGACUGGUGCUACAGUGGACCAUGUAGCCGUUGACAGUGGUGCCCAGACAGGUCGUGAAGCCAAGUGUCAUUCCUCUGUAAGUGCCAGAAUUCAGGAGAAGCUGGUGGAGACUGGGUCGUGA